AUGUGGCUGCAAAUAUGUCUCGCUCUUGUCUAUUUAACAAAAGCAGAUGACGAAAGUUCGACUGAGGAGAAUCCAAACAGAAAUGAAUCAAGUGAUCAAUUUAUUUACGGACCAAGCGGAAAUGAAAAAGAUUGCUAUCAGCUCUUGUACUUACCUGAGGAGGGUUACGCGGAGAAAGCGGUUAUGAUUUAUUACGACAAAGAAUUCGAAUAUCUUGCUAAAGGAAUCGACUGCCUCCUAAAAACUUUGAAUAUCCGAGAGAGUAGUAUGACAGUGUUACGAAAUGGUGUGUAUGUUCACGAGAUUUGCAACAAUAGGCCGCAAAUAGACUCACUGCUAAUGGUUCUGGAAGCUGUUGCGAUGGCAUGGGGACCAGUUCUUUUCUCAUCAGAUAAAUCACGCUACAAAUCGCUAAAGUUGGUUGAGAAGGCCCUUAAGAGUAAAUUGGUCGUUGUGCCAACAUUGGUUGUCUCUAUGGUGUUUUUACUUGGUGUAGUUGGUCUGAUGGGUUUCUUUGCAAAUAGAAAAAAGUUGGCAGCGGAUCAACGUUCAUUACGGAAUAGAAAAGCUCUACUAUUAGCUCAAUGGGGAGAUGAUCAAUAUGAGGGUAGCCCAGAAUGGCAUGUCGAAGAUGAACGAACUGAGAUUCCUGCUCAAACUAAUAUGAUUGAAAUGCAAGAACUCCCACCUAAAGUGGAGGAGUCCAAAUCUUCUGUGAAAAGAGGAUCCGGCGAAGUGAAUGUUUCACCGAGUGAAAGAAGCGUAGCUAUGGACCCCUAA